AUGAAUAGUAUUGUUAUACUGAGUUUAUGGAUACUCCUGCACAUUAGCAAUACAUCUUGUCAAGAUGAAAAAAUAUCCGUUUUAAGGGGCGAGAAGGUAGAGCUGGCCUGCCCGAUCGAUAUAGCGACCUGCGGCGAGCUGCACUCGCUGAAAUGGUUCAAGGGAACCGAACGGAUAGCGGUCGUGUCCGGUGAUGGCGAGGUGGCCAAAGUCGAGGGCAGCUACAACGAUCGGCUCUCGCUGUCGCACGAGGCACAAACGAGCCGGCUAAUUUUCCGCAGCGUUGAAAUAGCGGACGAAGAUACAUAUCUGUGCGAGACCACGUUUCUCGAACCGUCGGAGCUGUGCGAAAAUUCGGGCGCGUACAGCGUGGCGCUAAACGUCUACGCCGUGCCGUCGGUCAUUACGCUGCAGGAUGGCAAUAGGAAUAGUAUUAAAAACGGUUCCCACAUUGGACCGAUGCGCGAAGGACAGGACCUGCAGGUCGUGUGCGAGGUAUACGGUGCCCGUCCAGAGCCUGUGAUAAGUUGGCAUCGUUCUGGUCGGGUUAUUCGUGAUAAUCUGGUGGUGGAGGAACACAACGGACUGUACACGGUGAAGUCAACGUUGUCGCUCACGCUAUCCCGCCAGGAGCUGGGAGCCACGUACAACUGUCGCGUGGAGAUGAAGGAUCUCCACCUGUCCGUAGACAACCAGUUUCACAUCGAUCUGCAAGUACGACCCACAAAGAUCAACUUAUCCGGUGUCGAACAUCACACGGUUCAGGGGACGAAGGUUUUGCUUCAGUGUCAGGUCAGCGGAGCAAGACCAGCAGCUAAUAUGACCUGGUACAAUUCAUCCAAGCUCAUCACGGAGGAAUCCAGUGAGAUGACUUCAAUUAAUACCAAAACAUAUCUUCAAAAUGAUGGAACGUUUGAAACGAUCAGUCAGAUGAUCUUUACUGCAACGCGCUUCGAAAACGGUGCGUCUAUGCGCUGUGAGGCCGACAACAUUGUGAUGCGUGAGGACCUGGACCGGCCGCUGCACGACACCCUCACGCUGGAAGUGAUGUAUCCACCGGUGGUGUCCGUAAAACCGGAAAACAUAACCGUCAACGAGACGCAAGAUUUUCUGAUCUUCUGCGACUACGAGGCGAACCCGGCAUCGCUCGAGAGCGUCAAGUGGUACCGGAACAAUCAGGAGAUCAAGCUGAACAGCGUGCGUUAUGAGGGUGGCAACCCGGAACAGACGGCACUGCUGAUAAAGAACUCAACGCGGCACGACAUCGGUGCCUACACCUGCGAGCUUUCGAAUUCGAUCGGGUUCGAUGUGUCUGAUAAUGAAGUUUAUGUUGAUGUUAUAUAUAAACCGACGGUGAUGUUAACGAUGGACCCGGAAGCGCCAGUGGUUGAGAAUGACCAGGCGAACAUAACGCUGCUUUGCAACAUUGUGGAUGGGAAUCCAAUGCUGCUGACCAAGGUCCGUUGGUUCCUGGACGGAGAGUUCCUGAAGGAGCUGCCGGAGUGCGAGGAAGAAACGCUCGGCACGGACGAGAACCUGUGCGAGGUUGAUCCGAGCAAGAUGUUGCUGCAGAACGUUGGCCGAGAGUUCAUCGGCAACUACUCGUGCGAGGGCUUCAAUGCGGCCGGCUGGGGUGAUGUGAGUGAUGAGAACCCGCUGGACAUCUACUACGAGCCGGGCAAUGCGUCCAUGGUGCACUAUCCGUACAUUGCGAUCAAGCGGCGCAGCGUGACGUUUAACUGCUCGAUCGAAGAUCGGGGAAAUCCUGCUGCUGGUCGCUACCGUUGGUUGCGUGGUGGGAAACCGGUGCUGGAUGUGGUCACACCGUCCUGGACGGUGGACCCAGUCGGGUUGGAUUCGCGCACGACAUUCUCCUGCUUUGCGUACAACGAAGGUGGCGAAGGAUACCCGGCGGAGGUGAAUCUGGAGGUGCACGCACCGCCGGCGUUUAUCCAAAAGUUGCAGCCCUACACGGGGGCCCUAUUUUCGACGACCAACAUGUCGUUGUCUUGUCGGGUGGAGUGUGUACCUUCGUGCAGCAUCUCGUGGUUUAAGGAUGGAAUUGGAAUUGAGGAGAACGAUGAGCGGUACUACAUCACCAACACGUAUCUACCGUCGGAACCAGCGACGGGUGACUUCGAGAGUGCAUACUCUGUGUUGCACUUCAACAUGUCUGCCUGGACGAAUGGAAUAUUGGACCGGAUUAAGGACAGCUCCAACUACUCGUGCGUGUCCACGAACAACUCUGCAGGACCGGGCGUUCGUAGUACCACUUACUUUGGUGUUGAAUAUCCACCCGAAAACACGAGCCUUUCGAGCACAACCAUCUCGGUGGAGGAGGGCAAAAUUCCACCCAAAAUCGUUUGCUCGUCGCGAGCCUACCCCGAGCCAGCGUUUUACUGGGCACGCAACGGGGAGAUCGUUGCCAAGGGCAGUGCGCUCAUAGUGGACGAAGGUUUGAGACGUUCGGAUGCGGGCAAGUACACCUGUACCGCAUUCAACAAACACGGAAACCAUUCAACCGAUGCAUACAUCGACAUCCAUUAUAAACCCACGUGUCAAAUCAUGCGGAAGGAGGUGGAGGACGAGGAGGUGCUGAUCUGUGUUGCUACUGGCAGUCCACGGGAGUCAGAGUUUGAGUGGAGCGUAAAGUACGCGAAUGACAGUUUGCCGAGCCAGCGCAUUAAGAGCGAGGCGUACGAGAGCUACCUGACGCUGGACGAUGCCGUGUCGGCGAUGCGUAUUUACGUGUGCGUCGCAAGCAAUAACGUCGGCAUGGGUACACCGUGCGAGAUGGAGGUUGCCGGGUACGUCGCCUGGUGGCUUAAGGGAGAUGUACUCACCCCGUACAUUCUGAUCGGGGCCGUGGCCGCUCUGCUGCUCGCGGUCAUACUGGUCUGCAUCAUCAUCAUUUGCAUCUGCCGACGGAAGCGACGACAGGAUAAGUCUUCUAUGCACAUGGAAGAAAUCGAAGAUGCCGAAUUCUCAUUUAUGAAAGAUCGCAGGUGUCUGCAACGGGAGACGGAUGCUUCCGAGAACAUCCGGCACUACGAUCAGUCGCUCCGGUGGCGCAUUCGACGAUUUUUCGAAAAACGUAACAGUAUCGAUUUGUUGCGCAUCUCCACGAGCAAUGUUAUUACGUAUGUUAAAAAGCCUCAAACCAUACCCACCGAAGACCCGUCGUCCCUCACGUCCUCCACUCCAGCAGCAAACGAUAGCACCGCCGCGACCAACACAACCACCAUCAGCACCACCAGACCAGCGUCCACCACGGCCCCAGCGGCAGGAACACCGGCACCGGGGGUCGAUGGUGGAAGUGCAAAUGUACCGGAAGCUGGUACGGCUGUAGGCGGAGUUACUGGAGAAUCAUCGACUGCUGGCGGAUCCCAGAUCGAACCAGGAGAAUAUGAAAACCUACCGUUCCAUGGAUUGCAAACACCGCCGAAAAAGGCUAUGCUGUGUAAAACUAAUCUCGCGCCAUCGCUGAAGCAUCAUAACAAAACGCUCACCCCGUCCUGCUUUCCAACGCAUCCGUACAACUACAUCAACUAUCAGAAGGACAGCCAGAAGGGUGGCCUGCAGGCUCCCCUCCACCCGACACUCCAGCACACUCCGGGUCUCCCGCCGCCUCCGUCCGGUGAGCCGCCGAGUAUGGACGAUUCGUGUAAAGGGAGCAAGAUGGCCGCUUUGGCGGACAACAGCGACACACUGUCCUCCCACAGCUUCACCAUCGGUGGAACGCGUUCCACAAAACGCUCGAGCGAGAAGAAGCUGAUAGAUCUGGAGACGGUAACACCACUGUACGAGAACCUGACCGAUUCGAUACAGAUCCAUGAGGCGACCACACCGACACUGAUCCCCACUACUAUGGGAGGUCCUGGGCCGCUCAUUCCACCCGGGAAGCCACUCAUUCUCGAAGGCCCGCACCAGGAACGGUACCGGAUCAGCCUGAAGAAGCCGGGCCGGAAGGGUGGAAGUAGUCGCUCGAACAGUGCCGUCUCGAACAGCUACUACGACUGCAUCAAGCCAAUACCGGCACCAAGACAUCGAAAGUAUGCCUCCACUAACUCGCUUGUAUCGAAGACACAUUCCACUAGCGGACAUGGCUUGAAACCGUACGGUGGUGGUAGUAGCACCCGGCUGGAUCCGAUCUACAUGAACCUUCCGUUCGGUAAUAGGGGACACGAAUCGUCACUCAGGCUUCACUCGGACACGGAAUCGGGCUCGGAGGGACAUAGCCGGGGCAUCAACGAGUACCCAGUGGCACCCGAUAAUCACUAUCUGGAGAUAACGCAGCACCAGACACGGAUAGUGAUCCCGCGCGAACUGUUCCCGGUGGAUAGCCGUGAGCAGCAGGCCAAGAUUAACCAGCUGCUCCGCAAGAGUGGCGCACCGCCCGUACCGCCCGCCCUACUGGCCGCUUCGCCCAGCACCAACACACCUUCAUCGUCAUCCUCCAGCAGCACUAACAGCCGGCGCCACAUUAAGCUGCCUUUACAGAAACAUCAUAGCUUUAAUUUCCAGUCGUCGCAAACGGUCGAGGCAACCGUGCGCGAUCUCAAGAUCAAAUCGCACUCGAUCAGCUCGAAAACGUUGCGCGACUACCGGGGCAGCAAUCAGCGGCAGAGCAAUGGCACCGGCAGCAGCACACUGAACCACCACCAUCAUCAACAUUCCCAUCAUGCCGGCAUGCUUCACGAGCACGACAGCGAGAACGAGUACUACGACCAACAGGAACAGCAGCAGCAGCAGCAACAGCAUCGCCAUCGUGCGGCGUCACACUUACCGUACGACACUAGCACCGUAGCCUUUAAACCCAUAACUCCCGUGCCAACGAGUACUACAGCAAUAAUAACUACCACUAACAGAAAGUCGGUUAAUAUGUGUAAUAAUGACAAAUUUGCAAUCAAAUAAAACAACAAAAUCACCAUCACCAU